GAACAGCGUGUCAAACAGCACAGUCAAGUCACACUUCCAGCUGGUAAAUGUGGCGGCAGCAGAAAGCCGUGGCGUGUUUCAUAAUCUGAGUUUUAACACACGGUGGAAAGCUAUUUAAAGAUUGCAUUCCCUGAUGUAUAAAUCAUUAUUUGACAGCUCGAGUUGCUCUGUGAGAAUUUAAGUUUUACGAUUAAGAUCAUUCCGUAGAGAAAAUGGCGGAGGUUGCGACACCCGGUGCGGAAAAGAGCCUCGACGACUUCUUUGCUAAGCGGGAUAAAAAGAAGAAGAAAGAAAAGGGUAAAGGGAAAGAAGUAGGCCCGGUGAUCGCACCAGCCUCGCUGAAGAAGACCAAGAAAGAAAAGGAGAAGUCGAUGAAAAACGAAAACCAAGAUCCGACCAUUGAGAAGGAGGAUGAGGAAUGGAAAGAGUUUGAGCAGAAGGAGGUGGACUACACUGGCUUGAGGCUUCAGGCGCUGAUGAUGAGUGAUGAAAAAGAGGAGGAAGAGUAUGAGAAGGAGGAGGUGGGAGAGGAUGGUGAGAUCAUAUUGGUCAGUGGAGAUAAAGUUUCAGGCCCUUGGAACAAAUCCGGACCUCCUCCACCAGCUGCUCCCGUGGCAGAGGACAAAGAGGUUUCUGAGUCGAAGCCUGCUGGUGUAUAUCGUCCCCCUGGGGCUCGGUUAGGUUCAUCAAAAAAGGGGCCAUCACAGGGGCCUCCAGAGAUCUUCAAUGAUGCGCAGUUCCCCUCACUUCUUGCAACUGCCAAACACGUGGAGACUCGCAAGGAUCGAGAGAUUGAGAAGACGUUUGAGGUGGUCAAGCACAAGAGCCGUGCCAGAGAAGAAGGUGGUCAAGGAGCUGUGCAGCAUUUACAGUUAGACAACCAGUUUGCUGUUCUGGAGGAUAAAUAAACAACACUAUGUCCUCACCCCUCAGCCCACCACCAACGGUGCAGUCCGAUCCACAGGGCAAGGUGAACUGCUGCUGUGCUAAUGCAGUGCUGAUCAUGCUGGAGAUGCAACACACACACACACACACACACACUCUCUCUCUCUCUCUAUCUAUACUACAUGGUUAUUUCCUCUCUUUUGCUCUCACAGUUCUCACACACAGGUCCCCCCAUACAUACAUACAUACACACACACACACAGACACUCACACGACAUUCGGACAGUGCCCUCAAGUAUUUCACUCACACUUUGGCUGGCCAAGGUUCUCUUUUAUUGAACACAUCCAAAAGGGCUGCGGCAAAGGGGACUGAGUGACUUUCAAAUUCUCCUUCUUAUUACAGUGGAAACAAGCUAACUUCUGUGAUGGUGGAUUUACUCAGAGCAGUGGAUGGUUGGAGAGCUGCGCAAUGGGACAUCAGCUGAACUCUGAGAAAGCCCUCUCUGAGGAUGGACUCUUUAUCAUGUGAUCAAUUGAACUUCUGUUGAAACAUCUUUUUUUUUUUGCUUCGCUAGAUCAGCAGAACUCCUGAACAUGAAGUUGUUUUCUUUUCAUGACUCGAGUACAGCGGGAGUGUUUGGGUCAGGCCAGAGGAGAGGGUAAGACUACCUCAGUUGCAGAUCUGUGCUUGGGCCUGGUCACAAUCCCAGCUGAAGAGGAGCACUUAACACUUCAUCUUAAACUUGAAAAUUUCUUUUCUCUCCCCCACUUUCUUCCUUUUGGGGCUCGAAAGCUUGUGAUAUUUGAAUCGGUUCUAUUAAAAGUGGCCUUACUGUAAAGAUUAAAAUCAUAGAAGAGUGAUUUGAAAUAUAUAAAUAUAUGAGUGAGAGAAAUGUUUAUCAUCCUCUGGAGAGACGCUUGCUGAGUGUGUGGAAGGCUGCUGCUUGCCUCAAUUGUACCACUUUGAGGAGUAAAAACCACCUCCCUGCUUCCUUGUACUGGGUUGUAGUGCUAAGUUGUAGUUUAAAUGAUCUUUUUUUUUCCUCUGGACUCUGCUUAAGCAUUGAGAUUGUUUAUUGCUAAAGUGAAUUUGGUUCAAGGCUUACUGUGUUCAGAUGAAAACCCCACCCUAUUUUGAUGAACUGUUUCCAUUUAAUGUUUCCCCCCAUUUUCCUCUCUUUCUCCCCUUUUCAGUAUACUUUUUAAUCUGAUUUAAUGAUUGGCAAACCAGAAUUAAAGCGUAACCUUCUGAAGUGUC